CUCAGCACACUGCACAAAAUAGUGCCAGCCGGCUAGCUUGGAAUCAAAUAACAGCUAACUGAAAGCUGUGUUUUAAUCCUAGUUGGUUAGCUACAUUAGCCUUGAUUUAGUUUGACUUGCUAGUGUACUGACUAAACAUAGACGGUAAACAAGCACGUUUUGACACAUAUUCGUCUCCAUCUGUAACGGUAUGACUUGUUAUUUAACACAAGUUAUUUACUUCGAGAACCGAGGCCAGCUAAGAAUUAACACACCGAAACCAAACUCAGAGCGGAACAUAACUCAGCAUGAGGCCAUCAUUUCCUGCCAGAAGACAAUUGCUUUUGGAUCCUUGCACUGAGACAUACCUGACCGAGCUGCAGCAGCAGUACCGCAGAGCAGAGAGGGCCAAGCGGGAGCAUACCAACAAAACUCGAGGCCUGAUCCAAAGAUCCAAACAAGAUGUCCAGAGGCUCCAGGAUGAACGUGAAGGGUUUUUACGCAACCUCAGGGUCUUUCACAGUUGUUUUAGCUUUGGCGCCGAUGGUAGUGAUGUUCAAGAUCCCGCUGCCAUGUUGGCCUGUGAGGGCAGAGUGGUUGAGGAGCUGGAAGCGGAAAAAGACAAAGUGGCGUCUCUGAAUGAUCAGAUUUCGGAAUGGGAGAGGAAGCUGGUUGGACAGAGGACUGGUGGGGGAACUGCACACUGCAGUAUGAAAUCUGAAAACAACAUACAAAAGAUAAAAAACAAACUGCACAGGAGUAUCGAAUGCUUCAAUACGCUGAUGUCCAGAAAUGGAGAGUUGAGGGAGGAACUGAAGACACUGCAGCUGGAGAAGAAACAGUUCCUACAUGUUCAGUCCCUGCUGGAAAAGGAACUCCAUGCAGUUUGCAAGGAUACUGGUAACCUGAUCACUAAAUGUACUGAAGCCUUUGCUGCCAGUGCGGAGAUGAAAGAAACACAGAGGACGCUGAGGGACCAGAAUGCAAAAGAUGCUCAGUAUCUUGAACAAAGAAGAAACCUGCAACCAGAGUUGUCCUCUAACGGCUACUUAAAGGCUUUCUUACACACAAAGGCCAAUGCAUGCAGCCGUGAUGCCGACCACAGAAGAGUGGAGAAGUGUAAGCAGUCAGGGUCAAAGGAACUGGAUGUGAAAGACUUUGAGAAUCUUAUGACACACAUCCUCAAUGAGAUGGGGGAAAUCACCCUGGACAAACUGAUCAGCAACUUCAUACAAAUGGAGGAGCAGAGCUACACUUUACUGAAUUUUGUCAACUACCAGCGCAAUGAACUAGAGGCCGUGCGAAGGCAGAACGCUCAGCUUUGCAGUGAGAGAGAGACCCGUGUGGCUGAAGAGCAGAAGCAGCAGGAGCAGGAUCGAGCUCUUCAGCUGACACUUGCUGUCAAACGAGAGGCUACCAAGCAACAGCUGGCAGUGUAUCAGCAACGUCUUCAGCUCAAGGAAAAGCUCCUAGAUCAGCUCAAAGAAGGUGUUAAGUCAUUGCUUCAGGUCAGCUACGACAGCUGUGACCAGUCGGGCUCAUCUGAUAGAAUCCAGGACGAAAACAUCAAAGAGUCACUGACAAUGGUGGAGGACAGAGUUAAUGAGCUUCUCACACUGCUGUCCUACGUUCACUUCCAGGAAAAGCUCAGCAAGUGGGACAGUCUCACUACCAUUGCACAGCAGCUCCUGGGAAGGACUGCCCCAGCUGUCAGACUGAACACUGCUGCUGCGACCCCUUCACCAAAGUGUACAGAUUUAAAGUAAAAAGACGGACCUGAUGUUCAAUCGAUGCUGCUCUUCGGACUGCCACUAGAUACGGCACAAUGACUCACUGAAACUAAGUCUGUGCUGAACUUUUAAUUUCUACAAGCUAUACUAUGUAGUAUGCUCUUUUAGUGAAUGUUCACAUAGAAGUAUGGUUUCUAAAUAUGGUUACAACAUGCUCAUGGUGUCUUGGAUGUAAAAGAAAUUUGAAAAUGUAUGUGUAUUUCUUGACAGUGAUACUUAAGAAUUCAAUAAAUCUAUUUCAGUAGGUUAAGUUGCAUAGCUCAGUA